GCAGGACUACGAUGGUGUGGUGGCCGUGCAAGAUGUGAAUAUGCGCGUCUACGAAACACAGAUCACCGUACUGCUUGGCCACAAUGGUGCGGGCAAGACAACUUUACUGAACAUGAUCACAGGCUUUCUGGACUGCACGUCGGGCCUCGUUCUUAUCGGCAACUACGACGUCAAGAACUGCACCAGGGACGCGCGCGAGAGCAUCGGCUACUGCGCGCAGCACAACAUCCUCAUCGAGGAUCUCACCGUCGAGGAACAUCUGGUGUUCUUCGCGGUUUUAAAGGGGAUACCGCACAAUCGUGUUCGUUACGAGGUGGUCACCCUGCUUCACGACGUCAGCCUCAUGGAGAAUCGCUCUGUGUUGGCCGUAGACCUGUCCCUGGGUCUUCAGCGGCGUCUCUGCACGGCGAUAGCCAUCCUUGGAACACCGAAGGUGAUAAUCAUGGACGAGCCGACGGCCAACAUGGACCCCGAUGCUCGGCGGGAGAUGUGGGAGCUGCUACUGAAGAUACGCCGCCAGUGCACCAUCUUUCUCACCACGCAGCACCUGGACGAGGCUGACGUUCUCGGAGACCGCAUCAUCAUCAUGGCCAACGGUCGCAUCAGGUGUAGUGGUUCUCCGAGCUUCUUGAAGCAUCGGUUCGACACCGGCUAUCACAUGAAGAUCGACAAACUGCCGACGUGCAACAUUCCGGCCAUCGAGAAACUGCUGGGAAAGUACGCGCCCAAGGUCAAACUGCAAAGCGACUCCGACAACGAGGCGGUGUUCAUCAUCGGUCACGUCCAGCCAACCCGAAAGAUCGUCACGAUGUUCAAGGUGCGACCUACAGACAUAGAACAGCAGAGCGAAGACUUGGGCAUCGAAAGUGUGGGCUUGACAGUGACGUCGCUCGAGGACGUGCUUAUUCGCGUGGGAGAAGACCACCACCUUCACCAUCACCACCGGCACCCGGACGUCUUCAGCGACGGGCCCUCCGUGAUAGACGCCAGGAUGUCCUUGGUGAAGGCGAUGGCCAGCAUGGCCGUCACAGAGCCGUCGCUCGGGGCCCGCGUGAUGGCCAUGAUGACCAAGCGUGCCGCCCACGUGUGGCGCCAGAAGAAGGCGCCGCUGUUCAGCUGGAUAAUGCCACCGUUGCUGCUGGUGGUGCUCUUCUCUCUCGAGUACAUCGGCGCCAAGAACACCGGCGGCGCAUUGCAACACGUGGGGAACACGCUACCCUACACUUUUCUGCAGGUGGUCACCAACCCACAGUGCCUGUUGGUUCCAUUGGUCGUGCUUCAUAUUGGCAUUCCUUCAAAGUACACAUUGCUCUAA